AUGUAUUAAACAACCAUUUUAGAGGACAAUGAAAAUAUAUAAGAAGAUUGUAAAUCAAAAAGAUAUGCAGCUAGAGGCAUAAAAUUUGAAAAUUAACCAAAAUACAACAGCAAAUCUAUAAGACUGGAUUCGAUUAAUUGGCAUUAUUUGUGUAACAUAUCUCUUAAUUAUUUUAUUAUGGGCAUUAUAUAUUUGAUGUGUAUUAUAUGA